AUGGCGGCGGCAACAGCUUUUCGAACGGCUCGCAUUGAGCUGUCCAAGACCGCAUUCUUCCUAUGCGACAUGCAGGAGAGGUUCAAAACCGCCAUUGCCAAUUUUGAUCUGGUUACAAACACUUCGGCUCGCAUGCUCAAGGCUGCAAAGAUUCUCGAUGUUCCCGUGUUUACCACAGAGCAGAACCCGAAAGCACUAGGAGCCACCGUCGCCCCCCUGAGCGAGCUACUCAAAGAAUUGCCAGACGUCUCGGCUAGUGCGGUACAUCCCAAGACGAGAUUCAGCAUGGACCUUCCCGGCAUCACCGAUAAGUGGCUCAAGAGUGCCGGCGACAUUCAGCAUGUCGUAAUUUUUGGUAUCGAGUCGCAUGUCUGCGUGCUCCAGACCACGCUCGAUCUUCUCGAUAAAGGCAUUCAAGUGCACGUUAUCAAGGACGGUGUAUCCAGCUGCAACGUCGGCGAAAUCGACGUCGCUCUCGAAAGAAUGCGAGACUCCGGCGCCAAGAUCACAACCUCAGAGUCGAUCCUCUUCCAGAUGCUUAUCGAUGCCUCUCAUCCCAAGUUCAAGUCCAUCUCCGGGCUCAUUAAAGAGGAAAAGCAACUGAUCAGGGAAGCCGUCAACACUCUCGGCUUUGCCAAAUACUGA